AUGGCUCCGCGAGGAAGAGGAGGCAAAUUCUCCAAACCAUCGAGAGGAGGCGGCAAACACUUCUCACGCGACCUCCAACCGCUCGACAAAGAUGGCAACCCUCUCGGGAUGUGGCGCGACCCAGCCGAAGCGAAAGCAUCGUCGUCCGAAUCGUCGUCCGAAGAAGAAUCAUCUUCCGAAGAAUCCUCCGACGGCGGUGUCGGUCCAUCAACAUCUUCUGCCGCCGGCAGCGAAUUGACCCGCGAACAGCGCCGCGAAGCCGCCCGCCUACGCAAACAGGCCGCCAUCGCACGGAAGAACCGCAAGGCCGCCGCGCCGGGAGACAUGCCGACCAGUUCGUCCGAGUCUGAAGAUGAGGAAGAAGACGCGGCCAACAUGCCGGCCAACCCCAACCAUACGUCGAAAGCCCGGACGCAGGCGCGCGCCGUCACGGGCCCCAGCGGCGAAACUACCGUCAAGAAGGACACGGAGAACUUGAGCCGGCGCGAACGCGAGGCCCUGGCAGCCCAGCAGGCCAAGGAGCGGUAUCAGAAACUGCAUGCCGAGGGCAAGACCGACGAGGCGCGCGCCGAUCUGGCCAGACUCAAACUCAUCAAAGAACAGCGUGAGGCGGCUGCCGCGCGGAAACUGGCUGAGAAGGAGGACCGAGAGGCCCAGGAGAAGGAGAGGCGCGAUCGCGAGGCGAAGAUGAGAGAGGCGGCUAUGGGCGGCUCGACGGCCAAGAAGGGGUCCAAGGGCAAGAAAUGA